CACAAAUAUUUAAAAUAUGUGUUACCUAGGCAAACUUAAAAUGGAUAUAUAGCAGAUACAAGACACUGAACAUGUAUUAUAAUCCUUUCAUGCCAAGACACACCCAACACAUACACUAGCUUUGACAAUACUGGCAGACAACAGCUAUCUAAAACUAAAGCCCAAGACAAAAACUAAGAUGGCGCACCACUUCAUUGCAGUAUUACUAUCAUUGGUCGCAUACUCACAAUGUGAGUCACAUAGAACACAAGACAUCCACUGCAUAUCUCAGUUGCCUGGUUUCAAAGAUCAAGGAUUAAACAGCCCUAUGCUACUGAUAGGAAUUCAGGCAUUAGUCCCAGCCUACCAGAUUACCUGCAACGGCACCCUGGUCCAGUGGAGAGUGGCAACUGUGCGUGGAGGACAACACAGUGUACACUUACAGGUGUGGAGACCAGUGCAAGAAGCAGGCUCAUACCGUAUUGUUGGGGAAAAUUCCUUUAACAUAAAACCACAGGGUACUCACAACUUGUUCUCUUUGAUUCCAAGUAAAAAGGACCUGAUAGGAGUGCAAGAAGGAGAUAUACUAGGGUUCUAUUUGGAAAACAAUGCGAGCAUUGGUGAUGACUUCUCCAUUCAGUACCAGGCCAAUACUCCAGGAAUAGGUGUGAUCUAUCGACAGCUUUCAGCUCCUAUUAAAUCAAUUGACCACAGUACACUACCCGUAGAGUUGCUCAAUGCAGCACCCAUCAUACAUGGUGAAAUAAAAGCGUCUGAUUCCACAAUAAAUCCACCAACAACAAAAACAGCAACAUCAGACAGUGAUAAUACAUCAAUAACGAAAGACACAGACAAACCAACUGGUUAUCACACAACUACAGACUAUUCAAACCCCACAACAGAAGAUGAAAACAACGACCUAUUUGUCAUCAUUUCCUCAGUGUUAGCUGCAGUACUGGGAGUGACAUGCCUAUUACUGACAACAGCCGUACUGUUCAGAGCAUGCAUGGCUACUGAGAACAAUAGAAAAGAAAGCACAGACGCUUACAUUGAGGAGGAUUAUGAAUGCAGACGAGCUGUGAUAAUCCCCCCACCCCCGUUUCGGAAGCACACGGACAUGAUGAUCAUAGCAGUUACUGUACCACUAUGGAGUAACCUAAUACACGAGCAGAUUCCAAGAUCAUCAGCACACGAAUACGAGACACCUAUCCUACUGUCCCCUGAGAGAUCACAACUUACAUCUAUUGGCUAAGAUGUGACAAGAGCGUAUGAGAACUGUAUGAUUAUUCUCUAUUAUCUCUUUCUUGAUGUUUUAUAUCACAAUCUAAACGAUAUACCAUAAAUUAUACAUGAGUUUUAUAUAUUGACCAUUUUACUUCAUACACGUAUACUUACGUGUAGUACAUAUGCAGCUCCAGGUGUUGA